CACCUGAAACAAAUUGUUGUCAGCAUCUGUAACGGUUGCAGUAUUUAAUUACGUUAUUUGUCAAAAACAUUAAUUUGUUUAGGCUUUAGACGACGUUACUAAUAACAGCUUGUUUUAAAAUGACGUCCAUGCUAUGUGUCAAACAGCUGGGAGGCAAUGUAAAAGUCUAUGACAAGGAACUGAUAGAGGAUUUGGGCACGACUCAGACUGGAAAACAUCUUUUGUGCAAACGUUAUUCAAUGAGAAGUGGCAGACGAUACGGAAAUCAUUCAAGCAUAUCAGAUGUUAAAAAAUUUCCAACUGGAAUGACAGAAAACAGUGUUAUUGCCAACACUGUGAAGGCUAAAGAUUGGCUUAGUUCAAAGUCAAUUCAACAGUUGCAGGAGGGAUCAGAUGCUGAUGCCAAAAGUGUGAAAAAUCUAUAUAAUCCCCUUCUAGAAACAGAAAAAACAUUUGUACAAGACAUUGAUAACUAUUUACAUUGUGAAGAUUUACUGACUCUACGAAAAAAAGAACUUUUACACAAGAGAUGGACAGACCAUGUGUAUGAACCUCUAAGAAGGGAGAUUAUUCAAGUCAUGGACGGUGACAAAUGGCGAGACACUGACAGAAGAAAACGUGUACUACAUAAGCAGUAUUUGGAGUUUGUUAAUGAAAAGGGUCACAUUUUCCUGGAAACUUUAAAUCCCCGAGAAUACUAUGCUCAAUCCCUCAAUGGUUUUAGACCAGCUCCUAUCAAGGUUGAUGUAAACAGAUUGCGAGAUCCACUGACGUCGCAAGGCAGAGAAAGAAACCAGGAGGAUCAAGCGAUUCUGCAGUGCGUAACAGGACAGAAAUUCACCGACUCGGACAUUGAGCAGAUCCGCCUGCCACUCCACCCGCUGGUUCCGCUUGGACGACAUGGGGAUAACAGCAUCUCCUGGCUCAAGAUGCCAUUCUCCGAUAUUGAGAGUCCAACAAGACAAGCAAGCAGGAUGAAAAAUAUGCAUGACAAAAGAUUUGAACGUAAGGUGCUUGGUCAUCAAAGCAAAAGUAAUAUCAACCAGGAAAACUGGUCCAAUUCAUCUUAUGAUCCGGACAUCCUUGAAAAGGAGUGGCAUGUUCAGAGGAAACGCAUGUACCUGGUCACCCCUCCUUUCGAUGUUCCCCCCGUGAGGGUCUCGCAGAUGCCCUUUAUAGGGGUGGACAGAGAAAGAAAGCACUGCGUGUCUGUUUAAGCCUGAGGAGAUGGGCUACAUAAACGUUAAUUUAUUACUGUGAUUACUAUACAUGUAUUGUGUUCUUUUUUAAAUAAAUAGUUUAAACCCAC